UCACGGACGUGCUGCAGCCACCAAGACUAAAACAUGGCCCCAUAGGGGCUUAGCAAACCACUGCAGGGGACAGCCCUGGAGACCACAGGCGACAGGAUAGAGUCGGGGGCAAAGAAGAGGAAAACGAGGCGGCAGCUGCAGGCGCUCGGCAGAAAAGGCAGUUUCGCUUCCUGCGGGCUAGGGCUCCGUGGCACUUCCGGACCAAGGUCCCCGCGGUCCCCGAGGUCCCCAGGUCCUGAAGUCCCCAGUCAGCUGUCCCACCUCUUUCACCGCCGUGAUGCUGCCCACCGCGCUUGAGCCCGCGUCCCCAGGAAACACAAAGGCCAUCCUUGUGAUGUACGAAGAUGAUGCCAAGGACUGGGCUGUGUACCUGAGGACGCUGUUUUCACAGACUGUGGCGAGAGAAGGGAUCCUGCUAUACUGCUUGGAGGGCUUCUCCCUGCGGCACUUGCAGUUGUUAAGCUUAACCUCUUACAAAUGUAAGCUUUUGAUACUAUCCAGCAGUGUGCUUCAAGACCUCACGCCACAGAAGUCUGAGUUUCUGGAGAAGGUGCUGGACUCUCCAGCCAGCGUGAUCACCCUGCUGUGUGGGCUUAGGAGCGUGGCCCCACUGUAUGAGUCACUAAACAUCUCUGCAGGCAGAUGGGAGCUGUCGACCCAGCAGGAGCCCAGGGAAUAUAUCUCCGUGAUUCAGCGCGUCCUGUCUGGAGAUUCUGAAGACUACCUUGAAGUCAGCGUUCCAGCAGACCAAGGAGUGAACAAUCCUGGGGAAAUGAGAGAGAGAGACGAAACUGAAACCUCACCAGGAACCUCCGGAAGUGCUGCUCCCCUGGCCAUGGUGCUUCCUGCUGAAGUUCCUUGUGAGAAUCCUGGUGAGAUAUUCAUUUUCCUGAAAGAUGAAGUAGUUGGUGAAACUGUGGAGGCUGAGUUUAUAUCACAUGCUAAGUGCAUUCGAACACGGCUGGCCCUUUGGGGUAAGAACGUCUGGUGUAUGAAAGCCCUAGAUUUUCCUGCUGGGUCAGUCAUCGUCCGUGUCUACUGUGAUGGAAUUCUGACUGCCACUACAGAGAUGAAAUACUGCUCACCGACCACAGUGGCAGAAGGUCCAGCUAAAGCAGCAGACCCAGGAAGAGAUUUCUGUUGGAAUGAUAUUGAAGAACUUGAUGGCAUGCUUACAUCCAUAUUCAAACAAGAGAUACCAUAUUAUAACUUCCAAUAUCUUCAAAGUGAAAUUUGCCCUCAAAAUGAAUAUAACCAUAUCGACGAACUCCCAACUCUUCUCCACUGUGCUGCAAAGUUUGGCUUAAAGAAUCUGGCUCUUCACCUGCUUCAGUGUUCAGGAGCGAGCCGGGCAUCAAAGAUGAAAAAUAUAAGUGGAGCAGACCCAGCUCACAUUGCUAACAAGUACGGACAUGAAGACCUCAAGAAAAUCUUUGAAGACUUUUCAAUCCAAGAAGUUAGUAGAAAUAAUGAGCAAUUAAAUAACUAUGAAGAGGAUAGAAUCUCACUUUCUGCAUACUCUCCCAUCUCAGAGAGUCCAGCCUUGCACCUGCACCGGGGAAGCAGGAGGAUGCCCAGUCAAAGUGAGGACAUCACAGAGGCCACCAUGGGGGCAGAGGAGGGACAGGAUCCUGGGCCAGGUGAAGAGGAACCACUCAGCCCUACAGAGGGGGCUGGCAAGAGCUUGGAGGACCCCUAUGACGACCUGUACAUGUUCAUCCCCGGGAGUGAGCCGGAGCCUGAUGAAGAGUCACCCACCUGCUGCAGACCUCCGCUGCCCCCACCGCGCCCCGCCUGUGCUGUACUCCAGCCCGAGCAACCUCGCUCCCCCUCACAGGGGAGACCCGGGAAAGGCCAAGGGGAAAGAAAUCCCAGCUGGAGUGACUGUAGGACAAGACAGGAUGCAAGAGAGGAACUCAAAGGAGGAGAAGAUAAAAAAGCAGAUGAAAAGGAGCAGGAGCAGGAGGAAGAGGACCCGUACACAUUUGCCGAGAUUGAGGACAGUGACUACGACAUGAUACUGACCAAGAUGAGUGUAAAGAGAAAACCUGGCAGCCGGUCUUUCAUUAUAAACAGACCUCCUGCCCCCACGCCAAGACCCACCAACAUCCUUCCCAAAGAGGAAACCGUGCCUUACAUUGCUCAAGUUUUCCAACAGAAGACAGCCAGAAGACAGUCUGACAGUGACAAGUUCCAUGGUCUUCCUAAGAAACCAGACAAAGCUCGGAUGGAGAGCCCAGCUAUAUCCAUUCCAAGGUGCUGCCUGGGGGCUGGGCAGGAAGAACUCAUCCUCCUCCAAGAGAAAGUCAAAAAUGGGAAGCUGUCUGUGGAUGAAGCCCUGGAGAAAUUCAAGCACUGGCAGAUGGGAAAGAGCAGCCUGGAAAUGAUCCAGCAGGAAAAGCUACGCCAACUACGAGACAGCAUUAUUGGGAAGAGGCCAGAAGAAGAAAAUUUCUGUGAUAAACUCACCAUUGUACACCACCCGACCGGUACCACUUCCCGCAAUGAAAACAUGUUAUGUAACAGCCCCUUCAGCAAUAAGUUUCCUGCUCCACUCCAAGUUGAAAAGGAAUUUGGCUUCUGUUGCAGGAAAGAUCAUUAAAGAAGGUUAUUAUAAUGAAACGUGAGACUGCAAACAUUGUACUAUCUGGGAAAAGCGAACUCACACGUGGAUUUUCUUCUACCUCCACGGCAAAUCUACACUGUGAAUUCUUGAAAUCAGAAGCAAGCCUUGGGGUUUGGGGACCUGUAAUCACCACAACGCAUUGGCAGUGUGCCUGCCUCAAAUGGGUCUAUCCAUGUUGAAAUAGCAUAUCAUGGACCAAUAGCAUUCCAUGACAAUGCUUGUAUUUUACAAUGACUUUGCCACUGACACAGCAAGUUCUCACUUUGAAAAUUAAAGAAAAAUAAGGGCAAAGAAGUUAAAUGCUGCAUGACAAUGUGAUAGAGCCUGCAAAGGCACCAACCUGAACAGAUUGAUCCUUUUUUUGAGAGUAACCAUAGCAGUGCAACUCCCUUCACCUAUAUUCCCCUUUUAGGGACAGGUCUGCUGUUUGUACUUCUUACACCCAGAGGUCAUAUUGUUUUUGUUAUACCUUGUUUCCAGAAACCUUCCUGUAUUUAGUUCCUCUCCUCAUGUAACCCUGAAAAAAAUUAUUUUUACAUUUUUUUCUGUACUUCAAACUAAUAUGCAUUUCCAUAGCCUGUAUUUUUCGAGAAAAAGCUCUAAAAUUUCAUCUUAUUUCUUAGAAACAAUUUGCUAACUUAAAGUAGAAUGCAGUUUUAUCAUAUUAUUAGUACCAUGCACAAAUACUGCAAAUAAAUUGAGUGUUGAAAUCUGA